AUGGAUAUGUCUUCUUCUGGGCUAAAUGGAAGGGAGAAUGAGGAUUCCUUGCCUCCCCCACCACCUGUUAUCCCAUCAGAUGUUGUGCCUGUCAAAGUAGAGCCUGAAAAGAAAAAGGUUUUGAGGCUCCCAAUAGCCAGGCGUGGCCUUGCUUCUAAAGGGACGAAGUUGCUACUUCAAACAAAUCACUUCAGAGUGAAUGUUGGAAACACUGAUGGUCACUUUUUUCAGUAUAGUGUAUCUCUUUCUUAUGAAGAUGGACGUCCUGUAGAGGGCAAGGGUGUAGGGAGGAAGGUGCUAGAGAAGGUGCACGAGACAUAUGAUUCUGAAUUGAACGGGAAGGAUUUUGCUUAUGAUGGGGAAAAAACUCUUUUUACACUUGGAUCUCUUGCUCGCAACCAUCUUGAGUUUACUGUUGUUCUGGAGGAUGUUGUUUCUACUAGCAGAAAUAAUGGGAAUGUCAGUCCUGAUGGAAUUGAAGAAUCAAGUGAGAGUGACAAGAAGAGGAUGAGGCGCCAAAAUAGAGCCAAAACGUUUAAAGUUGAGAUCAGUUUUGCUUCAAAGAUUCCUUUGCAGGCCAUUGUCAAUGCUCUCCGUGGGCAGGAUUCUGAUAAUUAUCAAGAAGCAAUAAGAGUUCUUGAUAUUAUUCUGAGGCAGCAUGCUGCCAAACAAGGCUGUUUGCUUGUGCGCCAGUCAUUCUUCCAUAAUGAUCCGAAGAAUUUUACUGAUGUAGGAGGAGGUGUGCUUGGCUGCAGGGGAUUUCAUUCUAGUUUUAGAACCACACAGAGUGGCUUGUCCCUUAACAUAGAUGUCUCUACCACAAUGAUAGUUACUCCUGGACCUGUGGUGGACUUCCUGAUUUCCAAUCAGAAUGUAAAAGAUCCAUUUUCUCUCGACUGGGUAAAGGCCAAGAGGACACUGAAAAACUUAAGGAUUAAAGCAAGUCCAUCCAAUCAAGAAUACAAAAUAACUGGGCUCAGUGACCUUCCUUGCAAAGACCAAAUGUUUACAUUGAAGAAAAAGGGUGAUGAUGCUACUGAGGAGGUGACUGUGUUUGAUUAUUUUGUUAAUCAUCGAAGGAUAGAUCUUCGCUACUCAGGGGAUCUCCCAUGCAUUAAUGUUGGAAAGCCCAAGCGGCCAACAUAUAUUCCACUUGAGCUUUGCUCUUUGGUAUCCCUUCAACGUUACACUAAAGCACUAUCCACACUACAAAGGUCAUCAUUGGUGGAGAAGUCCAGGCAGAAGCCGCUGGAUAGGAUGAGGGUUUUGAAAGAUGCUUUGAGUAGUAGCAAUUAUGGUUCUGAACCUAUGCUUCAAAAUUGUGGUAUUUCUAUAAACUCUGGCUUUACUGAAGUUGAAGGUCGAGUUUUACAAGCUCCAAGGUUGAAGUUUGGAAAUGGGGAGGAUUUCAAUCCAAGAAAUGGGAGGUGGAACUUCAAUCAGAAGAAAUUAAUUAAACCAACAAAAAUUGAGAAAUGGGCUGUGGUUAACUUUUCUGCACGAUGUGAUGUACGAGGACUUGUGAGGGAUCUCCUCAAGUGCGCUCAAAUGAAAGGAAUUGCUAUUGAACCGCCUUUUGAUGUAUUUGAAGAAGAUUUUCACAAUAAGCGAUCUCCACCUCUGGUUAGAGUGGAGAAAAUGCUUGAGUUUGUGCAGUCUAAACUUCCUGGCGCUCCUCAAUUUCUUCUCUGUCUUCUUCCUGACAGGAAAAAUUCUGAUCUUUAUGGUCCUUGGAAGAAGAGGAAUCUAGCCGAUUUCGGUGUUGUCACGCAGUGUAUAGCUCCACAAAGGGUCAAUGAUCAAUAUUUAACUAAUGUUUUGUUGAAGAUUAACGCUAAGCUUGGUGGCCUAAAUUCAAUGUUAAGUGUUGAGCAUGCUCCUUCCAUCCCUGUUGUUUCCAGAGCUCCUACCAUCAUUAUUGGCAUGGAUGUGUCUCAUGGCUCCCCAGGACAAACAGAUAUCCCUUCAAUUGCAGCGGUGGUUAGCUCUCGAGAGUGGCCCCUAAUAUCAAAGUACAGGGCAUGUGUUCGAACCCAGUCUCCGAAGGUUGAAAUGAUUGACAAUUUGUUUAAGAAAGUAUCUGCAGAGGUGGAUGAUGGCAUAAUUAGGGAACUGUUGCUUGAUUUCUAUAGAAGUUCUGGGAAUAGAAAGCCCGAAAAUAUAAUCAUCUUCAGGGAUGGUGUUAGUGAGUCCCAGUUCAAUCAAGUUUUAAACAUCGAACUUGAUCAAAUAAUUGAGGCUUGCAAGUUUUUAGAUGAAAAGUGGAAUCCCAAAUUUUUGGUCAUUGUUGCUCAAAAGAACCAUCAUACUAAAUUCUUUCAACCCGGAUCUCCUGAAAAUGUUCCUCCUGGAACUGUAAUUGAUAACAAAAUUUGCCAUCCUCGGAACUACGAUUUUUACAUGUGUGCACAUGCUGGAAUGAUAGGUACUAGCAGACCUACACACUAUCAUGUUCUAUUAGAUGAGAUUGGUUUUUCACCCGAUGAUCUGCAGGAGCUUGUGCAUUCCUUAUCAUACGUGUAUCAGAGGAGCACCACGGCCAUAUCUGUUGUUGCUCCAAUCUGUUAUGCUCACUUGGCUGCCACUCAGAUGGGGCAGUUUAUGAAAUUUGAGGAAAGAUCGGAGACAGCUUCAAGUCACGGUGGUGCCGGAGCUCACCCCGUCCCUCAAUUGCCUAGAUUGAAUGAUAAUGUCUCAAGUUCUAUGUUCUUUUGCUGA